GUUUAAAUCUUCAGCUUAGAAAGACAAUCCCGUCUUUCCCUUUGAGACGCGCAACUAAUCGGGAAUUCUUUUACAACGUUGUGUGAUAAAAAUAAUAAUUAUUGAAGCAAACGAUUUAGGAAUCUCUGUCGCCUGUCGCAGAAGCCUCACUCCUUCUCUGUUCUCUGAAGGUCACUGUGGACAGUUAGUUUACUGGUCAUUUUCGGAGGAACUUUCUGAACCUUCUCCUGCCACAAAGAGGGUCCGUUGGCUGUCAUGCGAUCUGGCAAGACCUGCCCGACAUUUCUGAAGAGCUGCCCAACAUUUCUGAAGACCAAGAGCUCACAAUUCAAUAUCCACAAACUCCAAAACCCACCACUACAGUACCAAACAACUAAACAACAACGCAAAAUGACCAACAACAACAACAACAGCAACAGUUGCGCAGCCAACCCCAUGAUCUUUUUGGAUAAUCAAAAUUUGAGGACCAUGACAGCCAACUCGUUUCUUCAGGAAGAUGCUCCUGAGGCCGGAAGUGGAACCACUGCUUCGAGCGCAAUUCCCCAGCAACAGAGACAGCGACAGGAAAUGGCGAAACUGCGUUCUAUUCUGCAAGAAGCGAUUGAUCUUUUGGACGACUGGGAUGAUGAAGACGAAUUGUAAAUCAAUCCAACGCUAGUACAACAAGACACACACAUGUUCAACCAGUGACGCCACUGCGAAAACAUACACAUCCAAAUCCUGGUGGACAGCCAGAACCUUUCCUAGCACCAAUCCAAACUCUCCUUGCGAAAUGGGAAAGGAGCUGUCGGCAGAGCCAAGCCUCAAACGACACAGAAGAAAGGACAUAUGUAAAUACUGCAAUGCAUGCUAUACAAUAUGGAUAACAAAAAGUAAAUUGGUGUUUUCUUAAUU